AUGACCCAUUUACAUCAAAAGUGGGAGCAACAGCUUACUGCGACUAUACAAGAGCUACAUUUGCACGGUAUUGUGUGGGGAGAUGUGCAUCCUAUGAAUGUCCUGAUAGACGAGGCAAUGGAUGCGUGGGCAGUUGAUUUUGGCGGGAUGAAUAAUGCGGAGUUCAUCGAUGCUGAGAAUCGCGAGACUGUUGAAGGGGAUUGGCAAGGCAUUAGGAAGAUAUUUCAAGAGUGGUUACCGAAUCCACAGAGGUUGUAG